UUGGGAUCUUAUCAUUCGAUUAUCGUCGUGAAAGUACAUAAUAUGUCAUCCGAGACAUGCGCCCGUCCGUCUGGUCUUUGAUACCUAGGUGUAUGUGUAUGUGUGUGUGUGUGUGUCACCACCACCACCACACACAAAGCUCGUACCAAACGUCCACCUGCACGGAUUGGAUCAAUCUUGGGCCGCUUUCAACCGUUGCCGUCACCGGCUGUCUGAGAAGUUCAUCGUCUCUCUCGCUCUCUCGCAGCUCCUGCAAUGACAUCUCCCUCCAAAAAUCGAUUAAUCGAUUGAUGAGGGAUGGUUUACGACCCGCCACAUGAAACAGCAAGAUCGGAACCGAUCUGGUGACCGACCAGCUAAGAUCCCUUGUACCGGAUGAGAGAUUGCAACAUCUCUUACGUGCGCAAAGAGGUCAGAGCCGAGAGGGGAUCGAUCCUC